ACGAGCGUGCAAGCAAAGAACGAUAAGUUAGACGAGGAAUAAGAAGAAGAAGGAUCGAAAGGAAAAGGGAGACGAAUAGACGAACGUGGGUAGAAGAAGAGAAGAGAAGAAAGAGGAGGUGUAGUAGAAGGUGGCAAUAGCAACGACAGUAGUGGGGAUGGAGGGAGGUGGCAGGAAGAAGGACGAAGGCAAGGAGAGGAAGGAGGAGAGGAAAGGGAGACGACCGGCAAGUCGAAAGAAGACACAAGUUCAUAUCCAAGCGAGAUGUGGGACGAUGUCCCGGAGUAACCUCCAUCAAGGAUGGACUUCCAUCCAGCGUCGCGACCAGGACGUAACUAUACAUCCGCACCUUUCCUCUCACCGGUUAUGCGAGCCCGGAUAGUCUUCCUGUAGCGAGCGUCGGCCCCGAUCAACGAUCGACUCGGUUUGACUUCAUCGCGGAAAAGCGUACGACGUUUAUUCGACUAUCACUAUUUGUUCUUGGUCGAUAGUAAAGGAUGGAGGCCAGUGAAUGGGAUCACGCGACCUUGAGGGAGGAGGAAUUCGAGCAACAUGCCGUAUACUUGGUACCGGAUGUUACGGCAUCACCUAGCGAUACCAAUCGAGCGGAAGCUUCGUUGCCGAGGAACCUCGUACUCAAGCCCUCUCAAGCCCUCAACGAUAUGUUGGGCGUCUGGAGUACAAGUUAUAUCCCAAAGGGUACGCGUUUCGGACCACUAGUGGGCCAGGUUUAUACCAAGGAUUCGGUGCCCGCUGAUGCAAACAGGAAGUACUUUUGGAGGGUAUACAAGAACAACGAGUUGUUCUACUACAUCGAUGGUUACGACGUUCAAAAGUCGAAUUGGAUGCGUUACGUAAACCCAGCGUACUCGUCCGAAUCGCAAAAUCUAAUAGCGUGUCAAUAUAAGAUGAACAUUUAUUUUUACACGAUUAAGCCGAUACUUCCGAAUCAAGAACUAUUAGUAUGGUAUUGUAGAGAGUUCGCGGAACGUCUGAAUUACCCGUUGACUGGUGAAUUGAUGCUUCAAAGAAUACGUCAGCAAGUACAGCAAUCGGCGUUACCGACGGAACUUUCGGCAAGCGUCGACGUGGUAUCACCGUUGAAGGACUCGUCGAUUUACGAGAGACGAUCGCAAAUGACGCCAACGGAUGGUUCCGUGAGGUCCGACGAAGGUUACCACUCGAACGGUUACCACGACGAGAUCUUGACCCCGCCGGAGGAGAGCAGCGAGUCCGAUUCGGAGAACAACUACGUUCUCGACUUUAGCAAGAACUCAAAGUCCUCCGUGUGUAGCAACGAACCGUUAAAGCCGGACAACGUGGCCGCGAAGAACGAAUACAGAAAGGUAAAGAUCAAGAUAACGAAGACGUACGGUAAUUUUCAAAGCGGUACGAAGAGCAAUUUGGAUGGUACAGCAAAGGAGAAAAAUCCCGAGAUAGCAAGCAGAGCGAUGAGCCCGGAGAUACAAAAGUCCGUGUCGCCUGUGAUGCUUCAAAAAACGACUCUUCUGUCGAUGGUAAGCGAGGACGAGACGGAAAAAAAUCCGAAGCCGUUUUACGAGCCAGAGGUCAAAGGCAACGUACCUGCCACGACGAGACCACCCUACAUAACGAGUCCUAGCAGUUCCAUCCUCGAAAAUAUUCUCCUACGAAAUAGCACCGACAAUAACAAUAAUAACAACAAUAACAACAAUCAUCAUCCUCAUCUUCAUCAUCAUCACCAUCAACAACAGCAGCAACAGCAGCAACAGCAGCAACAUCAUCAUCAUCAACAUCACCACCAUCAUCAGAACCAUCAUCAGAGUCACACGGCAGAUUCGGUGACACCACCGCCUUCGAGCCCCACGGAGAUGGCUUAUUCAUACAAAAAGUCUCAUCGUUAUGGCAAUAUCUUACCGUGCAGUCCGGACUCAAGUUCAAAUUUACCAAUGCAGACUGAAUCCUGCGUAAAUUCCACCACCAGUAAUCAUGGUCCCAUACCAAUCCCGAGUCCAACCAGUGGACUUCAUUCGAGCACGGGUAAUCUUCAUUCGAGUACGGGAACGAACAACGGAAAUGCAACGGCUCAUAUUGGAAACGUGCACUCAUCGAGCAGCCCAGGCAUUAAUCCGCAUUCGAAUAGCGGCGUGCUUCCCUCGAGCACGAUCUUGACAUCGUCUUCGAAUGUCGCAAGCUCCUCUUGUCUUCCAAAACGAAAAACGAAGAGCCCGUCUCCAGCAAAUUCUCCACCAUUGUGUCCCUCCUCGACACCGACGAUUUUAUAUUCGGCCAAUUCCGGAGGUUGUCAAAUAGAGUCGAGUUCGGUCUAUUCAAAUUCCGGUGGUAGUAAUAGUGCUGGUGGUGGUAGUGGUGGUGUUGUUAAUGGUGGUUGUGGUAAUGGUGUCGGUGGUAGUGUCGGUGGCUGUGGUGGUGGUGGUGGUGGUAGUGGUGCUGGUGGUGGUGGUGGUAAUGGUGGUGUCGGUAGUGCUAGCAGCAAUCAUCAAAACUCAGUUUCGCCGAUAUCACCGAUCCAAUCACCUUCUCCCUAUUCGUACGGUCUCUAUCAUCAGAACGGAACACUUCAUCAUGGCGCGACUCCUCUGUCGAUCAACUGUACGGCUUAUUCUCCAACCCCGAGCACCGGUAACAACGGCGCCCUCGUAUAUGGCGAAAGAACGUCGGACGGUAGACGUCUUGAUGUUCCAAGCAGUAGUCAUCAACUUCCAACCUCCUCGACGACUAUGCAGAUCGACGGGAGUCAGGCUGGCCUGAUCGCAGGCACGCACAAUCUUCACCUUGGCCAUCAUCCUGGACUUACCAUUCACGCGAAUUCCACUUCCUCCGGGUCCCUCAAUCACAGAUACUCGCCGGCGAGUUCUCUCUCCCCGGACGAUCAUGGUUGCUCGCAAAGUGGCUCGCUCAGCCCGAACUCUCAGGGAUCGAGGGGUUAUAGGUCGUUGCCUUAUCCACUUAAGAAGAAAGACGGAAAGAUGCACUAUGAGUGCAACGUCUGCUGUAAGACCUUCGGUCAACUAUCGAAUCUUAAAGUUCAUCUCAGAACGCAUUCCGGUGAGAGACCGUUCAAGUGCAAUGUCUGCACCAAAAGCUUCACGCAACUGGCGCAUCUACAGAAACAUCAUCUCGUGCAUACUGGCGAAAAACCUCAUCAGUGUGAGAUCUGCAAAAAGAGGUUCAGUUCUACUUCGAAUCUAAAGACUCAUCUCAGAUUACACUCCGGCCAAAAGCCCUAUGCUUGUGACCUUUGCCCAGCGAAAUUCACCCAGUUCGUUCAUUUGAAGCUACAUAAGAGACUGCACACGAACGAAAGGCCUUACACUUGUCAAGGCUGCGACAAAAAAUAUAUUAGUGCGAGUGGCCUGAGAACUCAUUGGAAAACGACCAGUUGCAGACCGAACAGUAUCGAGGAUGAACUCGCUCUCGCAGCUGCCGUUGGCUCGCCAACAUAUUACGAGUAUGGUCCUGACAUGAAUGUUGGAACCAUACCGAAGGAAUGCGAAUUGGAACACAUCGAGAACUAUGAGAGGCACGGAUCGACGCAUGGGCCGCACACUACAUCUCUUCAUAACUUGGAGAACCCGGUGGCGAGGCCAAGCGUAAUAGAAACCUCCCAGCCACAUAUAAUCGAAUGUACCUAAGGGACGGGGAGCAGACCCUUUUGCCCUGGCGCAAAAUCCAGCCGUGGAAACGUAAACGAGAUUCGGCUGACCGAGCUCGCACCAGAGCGAUACCUUUAUCCAGAGUGGCAGUAAAGAUAAAUAAGAAAGAGUGAGAAAAGAAAAAGGAAGAAAAAGAGAGAGAGAGAGA